CGUGAGUGCUGGGUGGUUGGACAAGAACAAAAUAUUGAGGUAGGGGGGAGGCCAUGCUGGGCCAUGGGGCUCCUAUGACCCUUUUCAUAUAUACUUAUCCCAGGCUUGGAAUUACAGUGACCAGCAACCUACCUUUCUCUGCACAGCGAGGGAGCUGGGACAGCCGCAGGGUCUCUGGAUAAAGUUGGGGCCCAGGAACGGGGGCGGGAGGAACACAUACACUUCCCCAGAGGAUAAGACUCUCUCUCCCCCGUUAACCAUUACCCCACUGCUUCCAAGGCAGUGUCUUCGAGGAGGCGGGACGUGGGGAGGUAGGUGGGAGGGUCAUCUGGUUUCAAUGGACCUUGUCCCUACCUGGAGCACUGGGUGGUUGCUUCAACUAUGGAGGCAGCUGCAGGUAGGAGGCGGGGAGAACUCCUCCGGAGGGGAUAUCAGGGCUGUCAGGGGGCAGAUUGGGAGGCUGAGGCUGUGGGUCCAGGCCAUGCUUGAUGUUGGGGCUUGGAGCCCCUGGCAAAUAGACUGGCAGUUAGGAAGAGGUGAGUGGACAAAUCUGUCUUCCUGGUCCACGCCCUGUACUGAUAUGCUCAGAUUUCUGUGCCAAGGACUGGAGGGAAGGGGAAGGGAGGAGAAGGGAAGACCCUUUUGGAGCAGAACAGAGCAGGCAAGACCUGAGUUUGGGGGUUCCCUUAAGUCCUUUCAUAACCGUGGGAGAAGAGUCUAGGGGCUAGAAGGCGCCUCUCCUCCCCACACCCUUUCUCUGCCCAGCAGAUCUUAAGGACACAGCCUCAUUAACUCUGUAAGUGCCAUGCUGUGACGCGUUGGGGAGUGGGGGAGGGAAUCAAAGGUGGGGAGCUCUUCAGUUGGCAUUAGCACGUCAAGUAGAGCCUAAGAUCCAAGUCCAGAUGGCAGCUUUCUCCUGCCUACAUCCCUUGCCUCUUUGCAGGAAGUUUGAGUUUAACCCAAAGCUGGGCAUUGAUAAUCCCGUCCUCUCCCUGGCAGAAGACCACGACCCCUCUGAACUCUGGAGUCUGGAGCGGCCUCGUUUCUGUCUGCUGAGCAAGGAGAAGGGCAGAACUUUUGGCUUCCACCUGCAGCAGGAGCUGGGCAGGGCUGGGCAUGUGGUGAGCAUGGUGGAGCCAGGCACCUCUGCCCAGCGCCAGGGUCUUCGGGCAGGAGACCGGAUCCUAGGGGUGAACAACCAUGUCGUGGAACGUGAAGACCAUGCAGUGGUGGUACGCCGCAUCCAGGCCAGUGGUCCUCGGGUGUUGCUGACGGUUUUGGCGCAGCAUGUGCAUGAUGUGGCCCGAGCUCAACAGGGAGACGAUGCCUGCCUCUGUCCUACUCUUGGCCCGGGGGUCCGGCCCCGGCUAUGCCACAUAGUGAAAGAUGAGGGUGGCUUUGGCUUCAGUAUCACCCAGGGACAUCGGGGGCCUUUCUGGUUGGUGCUGACUACUGGAGGAGCAGCUGAGCGGGCAGGGGUGCCCCCUGGGGCCCGACUGCUAGAAGUGAAUGGGGUCAGUGUGGAGAAGUUCACUCAUAACCAGCUAAGGAGGAAGCUUCGGCAGAGUGGAGAGCAGGUGACCCUGCUGGUGGCAGGCCCAGAGGUGGAGGAAAAAUGUCGCCAGCUGGGAAUGCCUCUGGCUGCACCCCUGGCAGAGGGCUGGGCACUGCCCACCAAGCCCCGCUGUCUGCACAUAGAGAAAGGGCCCCAGGGCUUUGGGUUCCUGCUCCGAGAGGAAAAGGGCCUUGAUGGUCACCUUGGGCAGUUCCUGUGGGAGGUGGACCCAGGACUGCCAGCCGAGAAGGCCGGGAUGCAGGCUGGGGACCGGCUGGUGGCUGUGGCUGGGGAGAGCGUGGAAGGGCUGGGCCAUGAGGAGACAGUGUCCAGGAUCCGGGCGCAGGGCUCCUGUGUCUUCCUCACUGUCGUCGACCCUGAGGCUGACCGCUUCUUCAGCAUGGUUCGCUUGUCCCCACUCCUCUUCUUGGAAAGCACAGAGACUUCUGCGUCUCCCCAGGACACCUGCUCAGCCUCUCUGGUUGAGACCAAGAACCCACCAGUUGAAGACAUAGCCAUGCCUCCAGACUCAUGUGGCUCCCGCCAGUGCUUCCUGUACCCUGGGCCUGGUGGUGGCUAUGGCUUCCGACUCAGCUGUGUAGCCAGUGGGCCUUGUGUCUUCAUCUCCCAGGUGACCCUAGGAAGCUCAGCUGCCCGGGCAGGGCUGCAAAUGGGAGAUGUGAUUCUAGAGGUGAACGGGUUUCCUUUGGGUGGAGAGAAUGACCUGGAAAGGCUUCAGCAGCUGGCUGAGGCUGAGCCACCCCUGUGCCUGAAGCUGGCAGCCAGAUCUUGGCAGGGCUUGGAAGCCUGGAAUCCCCAGGGUCUGGAGAGGACUGGGCUCUAGCCUCAGAUCUGCUGUGGUGCUCCUCUGGUUGGCAUAGACCUACCAAGUGACUUUCCUGUCUUAAAUCUCCAGCCGGAGGUAGUAGGAUUGGAGCUGCUCUCUUAAGCCAGAAAGUGGAGCUCUGGGACUCUGGACACCUCCAAUCACAGGAUUGCCCAGGGUCUCCCUCCCUUCCCAUGGGCCCACCAUCCAGAAGAAGGUGUGUCAGAGGCCCCAGGCAGGCCCACUAGGGAGCCUGCCCUGUGACUCCAGAGGAAUCAUGUGGGAGCUUUGGGAGUUGUGCCCCAAGGAUGAAGUUCUGCCUGAGACUAGUGGUGUGAUUUUGUGAUUUAUAAUAAGAAAUACAUAUUUGGUCUUCAUCUCCUUUCCUGGCACAAAGGUCCUAAAACCCUUGGAAUUUCCUAAGUAAUAAGAGCAAUACAAGUGUCUUCUGUUAUUUAUAACAAGCCCCUUUCAACGACACCUAGUUUUGUUAAUGAGGUGACUGUUGGAAAGCACCUAAGGAUAGGGAACUGGUUGCCAGGGAAAUGAGCCAUGUGAUUGGAAGGUUGGAACUUCCAGCCUUACCCCCACCCCCACGCCACCCUUGACCUCCUGGGAGUGAUCACCAAUGACCAAUGGUUUAAUCAAUCAUGGCUAUGUAAUGAAGUCUCCAUAAAAACCAAAAGGACGAGGUUCAGAGAGCUUCGAGGUUGCUGAACACGUGGAGGUGCUGGGAGGGUAGUGUGCCCAGAGAGGGCGUGGAGUUCCCAUGCCUGUACCUUGUCUAGGCAUCUCUUCCAUCUGGCUGUUCCUGAUUUGCAUCCUUUCUAAUAAACUGGUAAUCCAGUAAGUAAACUGUUUCUCUGAAUUCUGUGAACCCCUCUAGCAAAUGAUUAAAUCUGAGGAGGGGGCUGUGGGAACCUCUGGCUUAUAGCCAGUGGUCAGAAGCACAGGUGACAACCUGGA